AUGGCACCUUUCUACGAUGCAGUCAAGCAGAACUGGCGCCGUUUCACUCCCACGGAGAGGCGCAACAUAGCUAUCUACAUUUUGGGGAUUAUGAUGUACAAAUUCGGACUCGAGGCCUUCAACGGAUCCAUCGUGACCCUCGCGACUAAUCGUUACGACUAUGACGCCUACCUGACCGCCACUACGCCUAAAACCUUUCAGCGCGUUGGACUGAUGGUGGGCCUAAACCAGGCCUGUCAAUGUGUCGGGUCUAUCCUGAUAGCCCCGCUAAUACGGAGGUUCCCUUCGCGGCUGGUUUUGGCCGGGGCCGUUCUGGUCUUUGGCCUUCUCAGCGCUCUGCUUCUUAUCAUCGACGCCAGCACAGGCGGUCAAUUUGUGCCCUCCGCCUUUCGAGACAAGCAUCCUGAACAUGACUUCCACUACUACGGGAACUAUAAUACUGAUGGCAUUAUCCCCGUUUACUGCGUUGCCGGACUUGCGUACGGCAUGGUGGAAUUGAUCCGACGUGUAAUUCCCCGAGACCUUGUUGGCGGUAAUGUGCAGAAACUACGUCAGGUGGAUGCUCUGGUGCAUAUCUUCUACGAAGUGUCAGGAACAAGUGGUGCUUUCUGCACCGCAUUGGCCCUUAUUCCUUACUUCGGAAACAACUACUCUUUUUUAAUCACGCCAGUUUGCUUUGCCCUCGCGGCUGUCGGCUGGUUCUUCCUUACCGAUUACGGGUUUCAGAGUCAACGGACCCAAGUGCUCGAAGAUCAACCGCCAUAUAUCCAAGCAGUUGUCGUCGGAUUCUGGCUCUUCUUAGAAUCGAUCUGGACCGGUGCUCGGCUCCUGUUCUCCUCCCGCAAGUUUAUCUGGCUGCUGCCUGGAUACUCGAUUGCGCUGUACGCUCAUCGGUAUCUGGAGAACAGUGUAGCCCCCGCUAUUGCCCGACGCUAUCUUGGAAACGCAGCUUGGUCGCAGAUUAUUGUCGGUGGCUCGAAUCUAGGCGAACUUUUUGGUGCGCUAUUUGUGAUCCUCAGUACGAACGCCGUUGCAACCCCGAUCCCGUGGUUGCGACUAGAUGCUGUUUUACUGCUCAUAACAUGGUACCUACCUUAUUGGCGGCCUGAAAUGCAUGAAGCUUCCAUGGCCUGGAUCGCCGCAGCCACAUUCUUACCAAUCUCUUUCGGAUGGGCUGCCGGCGAUGUUUCCUUGGCAGCGUAUAUUCAAGCUGCGCUUGCUCGGGUCGAGUCAAAAACCAAAAACGUCUCCUCCUUGGGCGCCGUCAUGGCCUUCCUCUACUCGGCCUAUAUCGUUCUUUACGCAAUCACCUCUCCUAUCUUGGGCAGCUAUAUCGACUACGUCUAUGAAAAGACGGGAGGGCCUGAUGGAAAUGGCAAUAUCUUCGAAGCGAUCCGAAACGUGGGCAGCGUGCAGUUCAGCGUGGUCGCUGUUCUGGUCUUGGUAGCCACGUUUGUACCGCGGGGAUCCAUGUCUCUGAAUCCCAAGAUGCUCCACGAAGAGGACUUGGAACAUGAAUUGCCGGGUCUCGCACAGCUAUCUUCCAAGGAUGACUCGAAUUAG